AUGACAAACCCGUCAGGAUCCUCCGGUGACCUAACGGAACCACCGAGCAGCGCAAAUAAGAAACGAAAAACUACCGCCGCAGAGGAGAGACCAGCUAGGAGGGCGUUGAGUUGUACAGAAUGUAAGAGGAGGAAGACCAAGUGCUCAGCACUUGGCAAGAUUCCCUGUGACUCAUGCAUACGUAGAGGGAAGCCUGAGGAUUGUCGAUGGGAAGGAAUGGAGAGUCGUGAGCUCCGUGAAGAUGGACGGGUUCAUACUCCCCCAAAGGACAUCGAACAGAUAUCCGCUCUCAGAGAGCAGAUCAAUCGACUUGAAAAGCUCAUCGACACCCUGGGCGACAAUCUCCCAUCGCAAUCCCAGGUCCCUCAAGCACCCACAUCUGCUCAACAGGACCGGACAACCUCAGGUAAUAGUCUAGAAUCAGCAGCUAUCGAUCUAGAACAUUUGAUUGCUGGACCAGGCAUCCGUCCAGGAAUAACAGAGACUCUGGGAUCACCAAUCAAGGAGGCUCAAAGACCGCAGACACCUGCUGCGUUCCCACUGUCCUCUUUAUUCAGCAGUGCUUCAUUCGAUCCGGAUCUCAUCACCGUUCUUCCACAACUGCUGCCAAACUCACCACUAUCGCAAAGGCUAGCAGAGGUCUUCCUUGAUGGUCCGAUAAAUUCCUCAUGGCAUAUGCGCCAAUAUAGUACUUUGACAUUAGAUAAAUUGGAGCUGGAAAUGGACCCGUUAUGGUUCGCUCUAUAUCUGAUGGUCUUAGCCAUGGCCGUCGAAUUCGCCAGUGCCGAUCAAAAGUAUAUCAUCUCUAAUAUCAAUGCCGAUUCUAACUAUCUGCCCACUACCCUCUAUCAUGCUAGUAUCAAGGCUCUUGAUAAAUCUGAUUAUCUAUCAAAGCCCCAAGUGGCACACAUCCAGGUAUCGAUUCUUUACAUACUGUUCCUCUUCAACAAUCCAGCAUUGCCCUCCGACACCUCGAUAGUGCCAUCACUACCGCCCAGUGGCUAG